AGAGGAUCCAGUUUCUUAGGUUAACUUGAGCAGACAAGAAUCACAAAGCUGACCUGUAGGAGCUCCUGCAAGAAACAUGGCAAAACAUAACGGUGUGAGGAACACUGCUCAGAUGAUGGUCAUAUCCUCAGUGGAGGAAUGGUUCUCCUUUAAGUCUCUGCUGCAGAACUGCUCUAACGAAAAACACCUCCAGCUAACUUUUAGUUCCCUGGGAUCAAAUCAGGUCUGUGACUUGGCAGUGGAUGGUCGCUCUUUCAGCUUGCACUAUGCAGAGUUAAAAGAAGACCUGACACAGGAGGCCAUCAGGCAGGCAAUAGAAGGCUGCUUUAAGUCCUGCACAGACAGGAUCUGCACUUUUCUGCUGCUGAUAGAAGGUGGACAUUUUACAAAGAGGGAAAGGAGAAUGAUUGAGAUUCUGCAGGCCCACUUUGGAGCCGAGGCUCUGAAAUACUUGGUGGUUCUCUCUCUGGAAGAUGGAAAAGUUGCAGAAACAAUGGAUGAUGCCCUCCUGGAGUUGAUAACGACGUGCAAUAGAAGGUACUCUCAGAUCACAGCAGCAGCAGCACAUGAAAAACUGUGCUCUCUACUCGACACGGUGGACCAAAUGACGGGCUACACUGAAGCCAUGCUGACUGAGGCUAAGAGACGGAGCACAGAGGACGCAGCCAUGAGGAUGCUGAAGGAGAAGGAGCAGGUCUUUAAGAUAAUGGUUCAACGAGAGGAGGAGAGACGGGCCAAAGAGAUGGAGGAGCUGAUGGCAAAACAUGCAGAGGAAAGAAAGAAGGAGGCAGAUGAAGGAAAGACAUUUGAGAAGGGAAAAGAGAGCUUGGAGGAGCCCGUGGUGAGCCACAGAGACAGGCUGCAGCUCCAGAUGAAUGCCACUGAAGAUAAUGAUGACACAAAGAAGAUGUCGGUCAUCCUGUUGGGUCUCUCCGGCAGUGGGAAGUCUUCAGCUCUCAAUCUAAUUUUAGAGAGAACAGGUAAUAAACACUCAAACGAUGAGUCGAGUCACGAGGCCCCACAGACCUUGUGCUGCGAGAGAAAGCAGGUGUUAGCAGCGGGGAGGAAGCUCGUCCUGGUGGACACCCCCGAGCUGUGGGACGAGGACGAAGUGGAGGAUCUGGAGCUGGUCAAAGACUGUUUGUUGUUGUCUUAUCCUGGACCCCAUGUCUUCCUGCUGGUGCUCCAAGUGGGCCGCUUCACCCGGGGCGAGAGCGAGCUGCUGCAGCGCCUGCAGAAGAUCUUUGGACGAGAACUUGUAGAGUACGCCAUCGUCCUCUUCGUCAGCUUCGAUGGCAGCCAGAAGAUCGACGACUACGUGAUGGAAGCCCAUGCAACCCUGCAGGAUCUGAUCAGGAAGUGUGGGAGCCGGUACUAUGUGCUGAAUGCUGCAAAGUCCCAGAAUGCUUUGAGCUGCCAGCAGGUGGAAAAUCUGCUGUCAGGUAUCAACAAACUGGUGGCUUCACACGGGGGCCGGCCUUACCCAGUGAGGAGAUUUACUGAGCAGGAGCUGCAGGAGAGGAGAAGAGGGAUCGAGGAGAGGAAGGAGGGGGCUUUGGAAAUGAACUACUUAUUGAAAGACGAUUGAUUUUAAAAAUAUCAAAUGUACGAUGAAUUAUGCAAAACAAUCAAAUGCACAAGGAAUCAGUUCUGCAGGGAUUAAGAAAUAUAUGUUUUUCAUUGCAACAGGGUGGUGCUUUGGGUGUUUUCUGAACUAAACAUUGGAGCAGAACACAUCAUCUUUUUUUAUGUCUUUGUUUAUAAGCACAUGGGUAGAGCUGAUAGGGGGGAAAAUGUGUUUGUACUUUCCCAUGAGUAUGAGGACUAAUCUGACUGGUUUAUGAGAUUUGUGUGUUGAUAUCUUGAUUACUUAACAGUUAUUUCCUCAAACCGUAUCUGUCAGAUGUAAUUUACUGAAAAACAACAUACAGAUUUAUUAAAGCUCUUACAGCGUAAAGAAGGAUUUUUGUUUUUUUAAUCAAAUGUGCUAUAAUGUCAUAUGUUUUCAUAUUUAACAGUUCAUCUGCUGGAUACACACAGCAUUUGCAAUACGUUUUAAAGGUCACCUAUGAUGCAAAAUACUCUUAACCAUGUUUUUCUAACACUAAUAUGUGUCCCUAGUCUGUCUACAAACCCCCCAAUUAUGAGAAAAGUCCAUCCUCUCCGUCUUCUGCCUGCUCCAUUUUUCAGAAAAUGUGUGCUCAAACAGGCCGUUUGGAGACACAGAUCACAAAGGGCAGUAACAGCUCCCCCAGGUGGGUGACACUCCCACAGCUAGGUGUUUGUUCUGCACUCACUUUUUGGCAAGAUACUUCACAGACAUGUUUCUGGUACCUCUAAGAGAUUAUUUAAACUUGUUGGAAAGGAGUAUAAUGUGUGACCUUAAAGGAAAAUUCUGUUUAUUUGGUAACACUUUAUAUUAAGGUGCUUGUAAUAAGCAUUAAUAACAGGUAAUAAGUCACUUAUAAGACCUUAUUAUGUUCUUAUUAACACAAAUAAGACUAUAUAAGUGUUAAUAUAGGCAUCAUUAACAAAUUUAUUAUGUCUUUUGAGACACUUAUAGGCUCUUAUUAGAAACAUACUAACACUUUAUAUACCGUCAUGAACAUUUAUAAGAUGUUUAUGAACAUUAAUAAGACUUCAUGAGUGUUAAUUAAACUCUAAAUUAAUUUCUAAUUGGCUUGUAAGAUAUUAAUCAACACAAAGAAACUUGUUUAUAGACCACUUAUCAACAUUCAUAAAAUGUUUAUUGACAUUGAUAAGACUUUAUUAGGUUCAUAUUAAUGCCUUAUAAAGGUUAAUAAAUACUUUAUUAUGCACUUAUUAAGAGUUAAUAAAGUUCCUCUGCAGGUACUGGAUCUAAAGUGGGAACACUACUUAUAAAGGUUAAUAAAUACUUUAUUAUGCACUUAUUAAAAGCUCAGUGGGAACAGGGUCCAACUUUUAAGUAAACGCAGAAACAAAAAGGAGGUCUAUUGAACUUCCACUCAAACAGUUUUUGAAAAGAAAAAGGCUACCACAAAUACAAGUAUUAUCUUUAACGUUAACUGUAAACAACAUUAUGAAAACAUUUGGUGUGUCAUAGCUACCAACAUAUCAAGUUCAGGGAAAAAGCAUAGUUGUUUUUAACCCAUGUUACUGUAAAUAAAGUGUUGAAGGUGGACAAACAUCAGAAGACUAGGACACCUUGAGCCCAAGGUCUGAAUACCAGUCAAGAGAUGCACACAGGAAUACAUGUAUGUAAGGAACACAAAUAUUGCAGGACAAGAUUACAAUAUACAAUUUACUAAUGCAAUUAACAACUUAAUUAAUAAAGUGUGCACAUGAAAUAAAACAAACAUUUGAAGUGUCUAAGCCCAGUCUUUUUCGUUGGGGAUCAAUCCAGGUGUGUGUUUCUGUU